GACCUGUGGUGUGCUGGAAGUAACCCCAAUGAAUGGUUGUACUUUGAAUAAGCCAUUAAUAUUCCCUUUUGCUUUUGAUAAUGUUAGAUAGAAGCCAAUAUUCGCUUGUGAACUGGUUUGUAUUCUCAGUUUCUGAGCUCUAUUAAUUUUAUUUUCACAGACCGAGCUCUCCCCGCCAUGACACCGCCUCGCCCCGUCUGCAGCUCUGGCUAGAAAAUGUGGAGAAAUAUCCUUUCCAUAAAAUCUGUUUGGAUUCCAGUCUUAAGAAGCUCACGCUACAGGCAGCGGAAUCACACACGGUUCCUGAUGAUGUCAGGUUGGUGGGUGGAGCCAGCCGCUGUGCUGGGAUCCUGGAGAGGAGAGGUGGAGGCGACUGGAGAGCAGUAAACGUCUCUCUGUCUGAGUGGAGCCUGAUGUCUGCGGAGACGCUGUGCAGACAGCUGGACUGUGGUUCUGUACUUUCACUGGGACGACCAGAGAGCUCCUCAAGGACUGAUCCACCGUCAUAUUCUAGAAACCUGCAGAUCACCUGCUCAGACCCUGAUGAAGUCCGGUCGGUAGGAGGAUCCAGCACCUGCUCUGGUAGACUAGAAUGGAAACACCAUGGAGAGUGGAGACCAGUGGAUCCUUUUUACUAUUCCUGGACUCUAAAGGAUGCAGCUGUGAUAUGUAGAAGACUCGACUGUGGCUCUGCUGUUUCAACUAGACAGAGAGAGGAAUCCUCUUGCAGACCUGUGUGGGUGAUUGACUCUGACUGUGUAGAGUCUAAAUCUACAUUAAAGGAGUGUGUGGUAACAGAAGAUCAGUCCACCUUUUCUGUGCUGGAAAUCACCUGCUCAGACUCUGUCAGACUGGUGAACAGGACUGGUCUGUGUUCAGGCAGACUGGAGGUGAAGUCUGACCAGCGCUGGUCCCCAGUGUGUGAGGAGGACUUGGACCUGCAGGGUGCUCAGGUGGUCUGCAGGGAGCUGGGCUGUGGGGCUCCUUCAGUCUUCAAGGGGGGAAUGUUUGGAGAAGUGGAGGCUCCGUUCUGGACCAGAGACUUCCGGUGUAAAGGUAACGAGUCUGCUCUCCUGGACUGUGGAGGAUCUGGCUCAGGUAGAAACACCUGCUCACCUGGUAAAGCUGUUGGACUCUCCUGUGAAAGUCCAGAUUAUAUCAGGUUGGUGGGAGAGCCCAGCCGGUGUGCAGGAACACUGGAGAUGAAAGACGUGGAAGAGUGGAAACCUUUGGUAGAGUGGGGUUCUGGCUGGGACCAGAGGUCUGCAGCUGUAGUGUGUACAAUUCUGAAAUGUGGUUCUGCUGUUUCAACAAGAGCAGUGAAACAUGAGAAUAGAAGACCGGUGUGGUGGAUCAGAGCUCCCUGUGUCCAGACAGCAUCUUCUUUGUUUCAGUGUUUAAAUCAUGGACUAUAUUACAACUACGAGGGCCUUGAGGUGAUCUGCUCAGAUUCGCUUCUAAAGCCAAACAUCACCUUCUCCUUCUCCACUGACGGGGUUUCCGAGGCCAUGCCGCAGGGCUUCCAGGCCCUCAUUGGCACUAGCUUCAACAUCACAUGCUCCAUCAAACCUCAGUAUGAAGGAGGAGAUUUCCAGCUCAUCUUCUCUGACUCCGUCACAACACAGAGCUACACCCUGACAGCUGUCAACCAUUCUGCCCAUUUCCUGUUUCCUCCUGCAACCCAGAGCCACGGAGGGCAGUACAGCUGUGUUUAUCACCUCCAUGUUCUCUCCCAUAACUUCUCCUCAGAGAGCCAGACUCUCUCUCUCACUGUCGGAGACCCUCUGAGAGACCUGAUCAUCAGAUGUGUGGUCCUGAUUGGUGGUCUGCUGAUAUACGACACUGCCCUCUACUGCUACUAUAAGGUCAAAACCAGACAGAUCCCCAGGGACUACUGAUGUGUUUAUCUUGAUGACUGCCUGUUGUCUCAGUGAGGACGGUGGAGCCAGGGACGUUUUUAUUGACAUUUGUCAACAUUGUGGGAGUCUGUGGAGACCACAAGGGGGAUCCUCUCAGAGAUACACUGUCACUAUCAACAAUAGAAGUUUUGGGCUUCUUAUCUCAAUGUGAGAAACAU